AUGACUCCUUUGUGCGUGCAGUUCUAUUUUAGUGGCUUAAUCUUCUGGAUGAUACAAAAAUCAAGCUUCUUCAUGCUGCCCAAUACUACUGACCUUCUUUAUCCCUCCAGCAGCCCUGACACCAGAAACAUUUAUAUCCAUGGAGUAUCAAAGAUUCGCAAGAAGCGUUAUAUUUUUUCCAGGGAAAUGAGUGCCCUUUUGGGCUAUCAUAAUCAAGUGCGGGCACAAGUUUCUCCUCCAGCUGCUAACAUGGAGUAUAUGAUAUGGGAUGAGAGGCUAGCCAGAUCUGCAGAAGCAUGGGCAAAACGGUGCCUAUGGGAACAUGGACCUCCACAACUGAUGACACUGAUUGGACAAAACCUUGCCAUACACUCUGGCAGGUACUAUUCAGUGAUGGACCUAGUAAAAUCUUGGUAUUAUGAGAAGCAACACUACACAUUUCCUUAUCCCCAUGAAUGCAAGCCUAGAUGUCCUUCCAAAUGUAAUGGUUCUGUUUGCAGCCAUUAUACUCAGAUGGUGUGGGCUUCCAGCAACAGAAUUGGCUGUGCUAUCCACACUUGUACCAACAUAAAUGUGUGGGGAAACACAUGGCGGCAAGCGGUCUACUUAGUGUGCAAUUAUGCCAUCAAGGGCAAUUGGAUAGGAGAAGCACCUUACAAAAUGGGGAAACCUUGUUCAGCCUGCCCACCUAGUUAUGGAGGCACCUGCAGCAACAACAUGUGUUAUUUGGGAUUCAAAUCCAACAGAAUCGGUUGGUUCUGAACAUAGCAUAUGCACUUUGACAACAUAUUUCACUAUGUUGAAAUUCUGGAAGGAAUACUCUCUGAAGGAGAUGACAGAAGAUUGGGCUAAAUAUAAAACUGAUGUCUAAUUUUAAUUUAAAAAUUAUUUACUUAUAAAUGCACCUUCAUUCUUAUAAAUUAUCUAGCCAUCCACCCUUCUCCAAUCUUCCAUACCAUAAUACAGCUCCAAAUAUAUUUUGACAUCCAUACACAUGAUCAAGAGCCAGCAUUUCUCAUAAUUUUAAGUAGGGAAUAAAUUCUUAGAUUUUGUUUAUUCUACAUUCUUAAUCUGAUUUCUUUAUUUGUUGUAGGAUUAUACCAUUGUAAAUAACAAAGGGAAGCCAAUUUGACAGGCAUCAAAUAGCAUUUAAACUAACAAAUAAGUGCAUCUAGGCAUUCCCUGGAGGCAUUUAAAGAAUCAACAGGAAAAGAAUUUCUGAUUUACAAUUGAGACAUGUGUAGUGCAUAUGCUGUUGGACUGAGGAGAUAACACUCAACCAUGGAACACAUUAUUUUGCAUUGUAACCUUUCUUACAGGGAUAUGCCAAUUAUAUUAAAAUGAGUGGAACUCUCCUUCUUUAUCACUUUGCGCUCCCAGAGGAAAGGUGUGAUAUAAAGGUAACAAUAAAUAACACCACAUUUUAGCCAGUAAAUGUAAUAUUGAUGCAAGGUUUGAAUAUUUUAAAAUUAAUCAUGUACUAUUUCUUCCCCAUCAAGGUGUUUUUGCUUUUGUCUGAAUCAUGGAAUCAAGUUAUAAUAUUUGAUUAAUGUUCAUUCUUAUUAUAGUCAUUUUUAUUCUUCUUUUAAUAAUAAUUGAACACACUAAUUAUUUUUGUUCCUCCAUUACUCACAAUUACUCUAAUAUUUUUAGAGUAAUUUUAUUUUUAAAUUUUUUAAAAGAAAAUGUAUUUCAAUUGCCAUUUCAUUCUCUUGCAAUAAUGUUUCACUUGGAUCUGAUGACAAAAGUCCACUUUUGAUUUGCACAUAGCAAAUGUUUUGCCAAAAUAUGUCUCCUAGAUUAAAUAAGAACAUCAUCCUGAUUAUUUUAUAUAUAUGCUGGACAUAUAUAAAGAACAUAGUUCUCAGUAAAAUCAUUAAUCUUUUGGGUGAGUUGUUUAAUGGGUUACAUUAAAACAGUGCAUUAACCAUAUAUUGUGUUUGUCUCAUUCAUAUAACAUUUAUUUUGUCCUAUUUGAUUAAGCACUAGAAACUUGUGCACCAAUAAGUUAUAAUUUCAUGAUACUUCCUUAUCUAAAAAGAGAAACGGAAUGACCAAGGGUGGGCAAUGUGGAAUAGAGAGUAUCACUACUAGAUGGAUUCACAGUUGGCUGACCAACCGCACUCAGUAUGUAGUCUCAAAGGAAUUAUAUUUACAUGGAGGGAAGCAUGCUGUGGUUUUCCCUUAGGACCCAGUGCUUUUCAAUUUCUUCAUAAAUG